AUGAGCUCGUUUUACUUUCCAGACGGCGACUUGGUCAUCAAGGCCAGCGACAACAUUCUCCUCCGCGUCCACAAGGCGAAAAUGGCCACCGCCAGCGCCGUAUUUGCCGACAUGUUCUCGUUUCCAACACCGGAAAAGGAGAAAAGUGACGAUACAACACACGUAGACGCGUCGGUAGAGCUCACAGAGAGCUCGUCAACGCUCGACGACCUCCUCACGUUCAUUUACGACGACAAGUCCACCUCGUCUGUACUAUUGGACAAGACCACGAGAUUCACGUCGCCAAUGGAAGACUACGAGCGCUAUUCGUCCCUCUUCGAAGCCGCCUGCAAGUAUGAAGUCGUCCGGGCCCAGGGUGCGGCCGUCGAUGCUCUCCAAUCCUUGCUUCCUCACCGUGCUUUGCGCGCGCAGAUUGAAGACUUGGCAACCCGGCUGGACCAUCCUGGUUUGGCUGCACAAGCCAAGCACUAUGAGAGCAUCAAGUUGAACAAGCAACUCAGAGCUGCUGCUGCCUGGCGCACUUCAUCCCGCAAGUACAUGUGGCAAUUCUGGGCUCUCUGUUGGGUCCUCGCGGUUGUAUCGAUCAUCAAGCUCGCAGUUUCGCUUCACAUUCACAUUUCGCUUCAUCAUUUCAUUUUCCCCGCUUGCGAAACAGGAGUGGCUUGUCCUCACCAGAUUAAUGUAGAAUUCAAGCUCUCUGUGUUUACUGCAUUCGUUUCUUUGUUCCUCGCACCAGUGUAUUGUUGUUUCCUUGUAGCUUCGCAGCCGGUGGAUCGUUCCAUACUGCGUUUCCUCAUUGUAGUCACUUGGUUCCUUUGGGUCGUCGAUUGUAUCUACAGCACCCUUCACCUUCGCGCAUCUCAUGGAAACUGCGAUAGAGUUUCCCCAAACAAUCCAGAAUUCUUUGCCGACUGUCUUCUUCGGAUGGCUUCGAUGACUUCUGUCGGCUUGUCGUACUUUUGUCUGUUGCUCGCAACCCCCCAGGUCAUUUCACCUCCCUCGUCAAACGGCACCCCUACACACGCUCCCAGAGCUCAAGCCGCAUUCCCUCUAGUCGCACUGGAUCCUCCGGCGCGAUGA